AUGCACCCCGCCGUGGUCGCCGCGAAGCCGCCCACCUGGCGCGUGACCAAAGAGUACUGGCUGCUCCGCCAGUACCAGGACCUCCCGGAGGACACUAAGUUCCUGGUGGGGCACAUGCGCCAGUUCGCACAGGACUACCAGGCCGCGAAACCCGACACCUACUGGCAUCGCAAAAGCGGACAGGUCGUACUCGCCGUACUCUUGUUACGCAUACACGGGAAACUCCAAACCGUGCGCGGCAUCAACUCCGAACUCUCGCUGCCGUCCGGCUCCGUCUGUGCGGAACGCGCGGCCAUCGCCGCCGCUCUCGCGCAACACCUCUCCAUCGCACGCAGCGACUUCGUCUCCAUCGCCGUCCUCGCACCCAACAACGCGAACCCCAUCAAACCUUGCGGCGUCUGCAGCGAAUGGAUCAAGAAAAUCGAAGAAGCGUGCCCCACCUUCUCCGUCAUCACAUUCACCUCCACCGCCAUGGACGAACUGCUGGAGUACUCGAGCGUGACCGUGAGCGAAGAAGUGAUUGACCACGUGCCAGACCACCUGAAGGGCAACUGGAUCUGCAAGUGCGGCUUUCAGCUGAACCGCGCGCAGCAGGUGUACUGUUCGCACUGCAAACAAUUCCGGUUCCGGUUCAAGUCGCACCUGCAGCAAACGCGCGUGUUGGUGUUAAAGGCGGUGAAGCACGAAAACUACCCGAACGCGGAAACGCCGCGGCCUUCGAACGGGUUGGAGGCGUCGCCGGUGCCGCCGACGACGAACUGGCUGACGGCCUCAGAUGAGGAAGCGUCGGAGGAGGUGCGGCGCACGCGCCGGCGCGGAAGUCUGGACCUGUCGCAACUGUGUCAGCAAGUGGUGGAAGCGACGGGGUUGGCGGAGGAGGUGACGCUCAAGACGCUCAAGGACUUGCUGUCGCUGCAGUUCAUCGCGCGUCCGGAAGGCUCGUGCGAGUUCCAGAUCACGUCGCUGGGCUCAGACUUCCUGGAGGCGACUCAGCGGCUGGCAUAG